GAACUCACCACAUAAAUAUAUCAUGCCUCCCAUUUUAUUCUCCCACAUUAUUCCUUUCCCCUCUCUCUUUUCAUUCCAAUUUCUCAUCCCUCUAAUCUUUUUCCCCAAAUCAUCACAGUUUCUCUUCUCUCUCUGAACCCUAUAAUCCUCUCUAUCUAUCUCCGCCGCACGCGGUGGUGUCUUUCCCUCUUUUUCAGAUUCGCCGCCUCCCUGAUCCACCUCUUUCUUUACCCUAUCAACCACAACCCCUAACCACAUCUACCUUUUUAAUUUUCUCUAGUUCAUUUUUAAUUAUUAUUCCUAUUAUUUAUUUUUGAUUUCCGUUGUCGCUUUCGUUAUCUUCAACAGUUGUUUUUCUUAUUUAUUUUUAUGUCCUAACCCAUCUCUUGUGGACCCGGUUUUUGAAUUUCAUUCCUCGGAUUCACUACUUUACUAUUUUACCCUUCUUAACCAAGAAAAAACUACUUCGACCCAUGAUGAUGAGUCAGAGUCAGAGUCCCCAUUCACGUAGGAUGUUGCCACCUGGCAACACGAGAAAGCGCAAACACAAUGAAGCCGAUAAGCCGGAUAAGCCGAUAGGUUCUAACAAGCUUCUAGCCGGUUAUCUUGCUCACGAAUUCUUGACGAAAGGGACUCUACUUGGACAGAAGUUUGAUCCUAAGUUAACCCGAGCCGGUAUUUAUCCCGACUCCCGGGUUGGCUCAGGUGAGUACUCGCGAGCCGAAGGUUCAGAUGUGAGAAAGGAGCAUGAGAGUUACGGUGAGGUAGCAAGCAUAAUGAAGAUGGAUGGGACCCACAUAAAGGGAAUUGUGAACCCCACACAGCUCUCGCAGUGGAUUCAUAUGUAAGAUUUUUGAUGACGUGGAAUGGACGAUGAUGUUUUACCGUAUUAUGCGGUGUUGCACAGGUUAGUUUGGAGUUCGUUGGUUCGUUGCAUGGACAAGUAUGAAUGAAUGUUAUAUAGAUUCAUCGUCCUCGAUGGGUUUUCUUGUUAUUGCUAGUACAUUUGUUUUUUGUUGUUGUGAAAUUAUCUCUUAAUAUGGAUGAUGGAUUUAAGAUUAUCUAAAGUGCGUGAUGAACUUGGUGUUUUAUGUUAUUGAUAGAAAUUUGAAUACAGUAGCUGAAAUGCAUGCAUUUUGAUC